AUGGCAACCAACGGGGAUGUUGCCCGCAAUGGCAGUCCGGCUGAACUUUGGAGACACCCGGAACCCGAGACGAGUCAGAUGUGGAAGUUUCUUGAGCACAUAAACUCCAAGUACAAAUUGGAUCUCCAAGACUAUCCUGACUUGUACAAGUGGUCAGUAGAAAAUGAUUCGGAGUUCUGGGAGGAAGCAUGGCACUUUGUCGGCAUCACGGCCUCAAAGCCAUUCAAUAAGGUCCUGGAGUCCGAUAGCCCCAUGUUUCCACGGCCUGAUUUCUUUGCCGGUGCCCGUCUCAACUAUGCAGAGAACCUGCUCUACCCAGCCAAGGAGAAGGUCAACGACUCGGACACCGCCGUCAUCACGCUCACUGAGAAUCAUGACGUCUCAUCUUCCAUGACCUGGCGCCAGCUGCGUCAGGAGGUCGAGGCUUGCUCCCUGGCACUGACCAACGCGGGGGUCAGGAAAUCGGACGUUGUCGCUGGCUACAUCUCCAACCAUGCAGGAGCUCUUGUUGCCAUGUUGGCAGCGGCCUCUAUCGGCGCCAUCUGGACAGGCCUGAGCCCAGAUACGGGUGUCAGUGCUGUGCUGGACCGCUUGGUUCAAAUCGGGCCCAAGGUGCUCUUUGCAGACAACGGCGUCUUGUACAAUGGCAAGGAGUGGUCAAGUACGGAAAAGACUGUCGAGAUUGUUGCCGAGCUGCAGAAGCAUGGCUUGGAGCUGGUCAUCGUCCUGGACACCCUCGCCGGAUCUGACCUUGGCUUGGGUCCACUCGCAUCUAAGGGUGUCAAAGCAGAAUCGUAUAGCGACUUCAUCAAGAGCGGAUCUGCUGGAAAGCGACCACAGUUCGAGCAAUUGCCUCCGUCGCAUCCCUUGUUCAUACUCUACUCGAGUGGAACAACCGGCCUACCCAAGCCAAUUGUGCACACUGCUCUGGGUACAUUGAUCCAGCACAAGAAGGAGCAUUACCUCCACUGCUCCAUGAACUCUUCCUCCCGUCAGCUGUACUACACUACGACGUCGUGGAUGAUGUGGGCAUGGAGCGUCUCUGCGCUUGCUUGCGGAACGACGCUCGUGCUCUAUUCCGGUUCGCCUUUCAAGCCGCACGGGUACAUGUCGAUGCCAAAGCUGCUAUCGGAACACAAAGUGACGCACUUUGGCACCUCGGCAAGCUAUCUGACCAUGCUGGAGACCAACAACAUCUCUCCGGUGGACGAUCCCACCCUGGACUUGUCGUCCCUCGAGGCCAUCUACUCCACAGCAUCGCCUCUGCCGCCGUCUACCUUCUCCUACGUCUACGAGGCCUUCCCGAAGCAGGUCAACCUCGCCUCCAUCACCGGCGGCACGGACAUCAUCUCCCUCUUCGGCGCGCCCUGCCCCCUCCUGCCCGUCCGCGUCGGCGAGAUCCAGUGCGCGGGGCUCGGCAUGGCCAUCUCGGUCAUGGACCCGGCCUCGGACCCGGACGCCCCGCGGCGCGUCGCUCCCGGCGAGGAGGGCGACCUGGUCUGCGCGCGGCCCUUCCCCUGCCAGCCGCUGACCUUCUUCGGCGCCGGCGGCGACGAGCGGUACCGCGCCGCCUACUUUGAGCGGUUCCCGGGCCUGUGGCACCACGGCGACUUUGUGCGCAUGGACCCGCGCACGGGCGGGCUCGUCAUGCUGGGCCGGUCCGACGGCGUGCUCAAGCCCCACGGCGUGCGGUUCGGCAGCGCCGAGAUCUACAACAUCCUGACCAAGUUCUUUGGCGACGAGGUCGCCGACGCCGUGUGCGUGGGUCGCCGCCGCGAGUCCGAGAGCGAGGAGACGGUGUGCCUGUUCGUCGUCAUGGUCGAGGGCAGGCAGUUCGGCCAGGACCUGCGGGAGCGGAUCAAGGCGACCGUCCGCAAGGAGCUGAGCCCGAGGCAUAUCCCCGGCAUCGUGGAGGAGUGCGGCGGCGGGAUCCCCAAGACGGGUAAUGGGAAGAAGAUCGAGGUUGCUGUCAAGCAGAUCCUCUCCGGAAUGAAGAUCAAGACAAACGCGAGCGUUGCGAAUCCCGAGGCGAUAGAAUGGUUCAGAGAAUGGGCCAAGACACACGCUUAG